GAUUAUCUGUGGAUCAGAGUGCAGCAGGCUGGAUGUGACGAUGGGGCACUCUUUGCUCUGCAUGAUGGGCUUUUUCUUGCUCAGUACUGUGAUCUGUGGAAAUGCUGAAGAUCACAGUGAUGAUUCACAAUAUGCCAAGGAUCAAUCCUUCGAGCAAACAACCUCAGCACAGCGUGAUGAGCACAGGGUAAAUCCGGGCAACUCAAAUGUGAAAACUGACUCAACCACAGCUCCUCCUAAGCUCACUGUGUUCCUGCAACCAUCCAAGACUCAGUUAAACAGCGGUGUGAUAUACAGCGGUGAGACAGUCACUGUCAGAUGUGAGAUUCAUGGAGGUGAAGGAGCUCAGUGGACGUAUGAAUGGAGACAAGGCUGGGUAAAAUUACAUGAAACAUCCAGUGAAUACACAAUCAGCAGCGCUACUGAGUCUGAUGCUGGAGAAUACAGAUGCUGGGGCCCAGGUUCUUUGUGGAGUGAUGUCAUCACAUUGACUGUAUUACCUCCUCCUAAGCCCACUGUGACCCUGCAGCCAUCCUGGACUCAGAUAUACAGCGGUGAGACAGUCACUGUCAGAUGUGAGAUUCAGGGAGUUGAAGGAGCUCAGUGGACGUAUGAAUGGAGACAAGGCCAGGUAAAAUUAAAUGAAAUAUCCAGAGAAUACAGAAUCAGCAGAGCUACUGAGUCUGAUGGUGGAGGAUACAGAUGCCGGGGCAGAAGAAGCUCUUCCUGGACAGAGUGGAGUGACAUCACAGCAUUGACUGUAUCAUCUCCUCCUAAGCCCACUGUGACCCUGCAGCCAUCCCGGACUCAGAUAAACAGCGGUGAGACAGUCACUGUCAGAUGUGAGAUUCAUGGAGGUGAAGCUCAGUGGACGUAUGAAUGGAGUCCAGCCAAGUUAAACACACCUCCAACAUCCAGUGAAUACAAAAUCACAGUUACUGAGUCUGACAGUGGAGGAUACAGCUGCCGGGGUAAAAGAAGCUCUUCCUGGACAGAGUGGAGUAAUAUCAUCACACUGAAUGUAAAACUUCCCAUUAAGCCCACUGUGACCCUGCAGCCAUCCUGGCCUCAGAUAUACAGCGGUGAGACAGUCACUGUCAGAUGUGAGAUUCAGAGACGUGAAGGAGCUCAGUGGACGUAUGAAUGGAGACCAGCCAAGUUAAACACACCUCCAACAUCCAGUGAAUACAGAAUCAUCACAGCUACUGAGUCUGACAGUGGAGGAUACAGCUGCCGGGGCAGAAGAGGAUAUUUGUUAACACAGUGGAGUAAAAUCAUCACACUGACUGUAUCAUAUAAACCAAAGACUGAACUGAGAGCUGAUAGGACAGCUGUUCCAGUAGGGGGCAGUGUGACCCUGACCUGCUCUGUGACACCACCAUCAUCAUCUUCUGGAUGGAAAUACUACUGGUACAGAUAUGACAGGUAUUAUAAACUUGUGACCUCACCCGAUGCAGUGUUUCUAUCAAAUGGACAAAUCAGUGUCUCAGAGGGAGGACGCUACUGGUGCAGAGGAGGAAGAACAGAACCAGUUUACUACACAGAGUACAGUGAGGCAGUUUGGAUUGACACAACUGUGUCAAACAGGCCUGUUGUGACUCUGUAUCCAAACUGGUCUGAGAUAUACAGAGGAGAGACGAUCACUGUCAGAUGUGAGAUCCAUGGAGGAGACACUGAGUGGGAUUAUGAGUGGGAAACAAACAGCACCAUAAAACCUCCAAAUCAAAAUGAAUACAGGAUUAUAUCUGCUUCAUCAUCCAACAGUGGAAACUAUCGCUGUAAGGGCAGAAUGAAAAGUUCACGGCAUAAAACAACAGAGUGGAGUGAUUCAGUCACACUGACAGUUUCUGACAAUAAACCAAAGGCUGAACUGAGAGCUGAUAGGACAGCUGUUCCAGUAGGGGGCAGUGUGACCCUGACCUGCUCUGUGAACCCAUCAUCAUCAUCAUCACCAUCAUCAUCAUCAUCAUCUGGAUGGAAAUACUACUGGUACAGAUAUGACAGGUAUUAUAAAUUUCUGACCUCACCCGAUGCAGUGUUUCUAUCAAAUGGACAAAUCAGUGUCUCAGAGGGAGGAUACUACGAGUGCAUAGGAGGAAGAGGAGAACCAGUUUACUACACAGAGGACAGUGAGACAGUUUGGAUUGACACAACUGUGUCAAACAGGCCUGUUGUGACUCUGUAUCCAAACUGGUCUGAGAUAUACAGAGGAGAGACGAUCACUGUCAGAUGUGAGAUCCAUGGAGGAGACACUGAGUGGGAUUAUGAGUGGGAAACAAACAGCACCAUAAAAUCUCCAAAUCAAAAUGAAUACAGGAUUAGAUCUGCUUCAUCAUCCAACAGUGGAAACUAUCGCUGUAAGGGCAGAAUGAAAAGUUCACAGCAUAAAACAACAGAGUGGAGUGAUUCAGUCACACUGACAGUUUCUGACAAUAAACCCCGUCCUGUCCUCACUGUGUCUCCAUCAUGGCUGAGUCCUGGAGCCUCAGUAACUCUGAACUGUCAGGUUGAACAUCCGUCUGCAGGAUGGAGCUUCUACUGGUAUAAAGCUGUUCCUGAUCUAUCAGAGAAAUCCUCCAGUUAUGAGCUGCUACCUGAUGGCAGUGGGACUGCACAGGACUCCUACAUCAUUCAUGGACAGACACACACAGCAGGAUAUGUGUGCAGAGCUGGAAGAGGAGACCCAGAGUAUCACACUGAUCACAGUCAACCAAAGUUUGUCUGGUCUGCAGAUGUUCAUUCAGCAGCGUCUCUCACAGUGAGUCCUGACAGAGUGCAACACUUCACCUCUGACUCUGUCUCACUGACCUGUGAGGGAAACUUCACUGAGUGGAGAGUGAGGAAGUUCUCUGAGGACGGCCGACUCUCUGACUGUAGGAGAAUGACUGGAUCCACAUGUAACAUCAACACAUCAAAGUCAGAUACUGGAGUGUACUGGUGUGAGUCUGGAUCAGGAGAGUUCAGCAGUGCAGUCAACAUCACUGUACAGAAUGAUGGUAAUGGUCCUAUCCUGGUGAGUCCUGUUCAUCCUGUGACUGAGGGAGCUUCUGUUAGUCUGAGCUGCAGUUUGAGAACACAAAAAAUACUUUCCAAUGUGUUUUUCUAUCACAAUCACAAACUUAUUAAAAAUGAUACCCGAGGGGAGCUGAAGAUCUCUGCAGUGUCAAAGUCUGAUGAAGGUUUCUACAAGUGUCAGUACUCAGGAAGAGAGUCAGCACAGAGCUGGAUGUCAGUUAAAGUCAUUUCAGCAGCUGUGUCAGGAGCUGACAGCUCUUCAUCUCCUGUGUGGUUGAUGGUUGGACUGGUUUGUGGAGUCUCUCUCAUUAUUAUUCUCCUGCUCUUGUUGUAUCGCUGCAGACAGUCCAAGUAUUCCUGCUUCACCAGGUCGAUCCAGUCUGAGAGUCACAGUCCGGGCUCCUCCACAAAUCAUGGAGUCAACCAGAAUGAAACUCAUGUGUACGACUCUCCUCAUCCUGGUACCAAUCACAUCUAUGAAUCAGUUACACAGGUUGAAGACAACAGAAAUGGAUCAGAUGAACAUCAAGAUGUCACAUACGCUCUUAUUGAACUUAAAAACUUUGAAAAGAAGCGGAAGCAUCAUAAACCAGAGCAGAGUGCUGUUUACUCUGAGGUGAAGACGGGAGCUGCAGAGGACAGUCUGAUGUAUGCUGAGGUCAAACGCCCCAAAAAAGAAAAAGCCAAGAAGAAAGCAGGAAAAUCAAGUCCUGCAGCUGAUGCAGCAGUUUAUUCUGAAGUCACAUUAGGAAGCUUUCCUGGUCAGUGAGGAGAGCUGCAGCAGCAAAGCCAAGAAGAAGCAUUUUAUGAAUCCACUGUUGCUCCUCUGCUGCCCAAAUAUCAGACAGGCUCAGGCUUUAGUUUUUAUGAUAUUGAAUAAUAAUAUGAUAUAGAGUUGGUACCGUCUUUUAGCAUAAAGCACACAGAGGUGUGUCCUGUUUCAGAUCCAUGUGAUUUUUAGUAACUGAUAGCAGCAACUUAAAGCCAGCAGAGUUACAUUAGGAAACACCAACAAAUACUUUUACUGUCUGAGUGUAAAGAUCUAUAUUGUGUAAAAAAUAAUCAUUUGGUAUAAAAACAUGAAAAAGCUCUGGCUGCUUCAUGAUUCAUUUAAUGUCAGAUACUUUUAUUUACUUUUUUACUUCUUCAAAUUUAGACAUUUGGCUUGAGGGGGCGUUCCAGCUGAAAAUUUAGACUUCUGACUUCAAUUUGAAUAGAUCACUGUUCUGUUCGGCCCCCAGGGGUUUUCUGAGCUUCCUGCUCGAAAAUGAAAUGCCCAAAAUAAACUAAUUAUAAAUUUUCUCAAAAAGGAAGAUUUUAAGUCUAAUCUUCAGGUUUGGCCACAUUUCAUUGACUCAUUUUAUUAGUGACUGGUCUGCUAUAUUAUUCAUCUUCAAACUGAGCAUCAGGAAGAAAGGUGAUUGAAUGUGACAUGGCUGACAGGCUGGUCUGAGUUAUCUGGAUUUACCAGUAAAAGACCAGAAGGGAAAAAAUCCCCAGUGAGUGGCAGUUAUCUGGGUGAAAAUGCCUUAUUGAUGUCAGGAGAAUGAACAAACUACUUUAAGCCAAUAGUUUCAGGUUUUGCCACUGAGCAGGGAAGCAGGACUCAAUAGCUGCACUUUCUUAGCAGAAACAGGGAAUUUUUUACAAGUGAAAAUGGUGAGAAAAAAAAAACAGUUAAAAAAGUGACAUCCACAGCAGUGUAAUCCCCAGCUCCUGGUCUGAUUCUCCAAAUACAAAAAAACCUCCUUCCACAGCUUUUCCAGAAGUAUUUACAAAAAGUCUCUGAGCUUUCCCCUCCCCAAGAUUCCUGGACAUAAAGGAGAAAACGGGUAAGUAAUUUUCACACACAAAAAGGAAGUCUUGACUUACAAGCCAGAGUGACACUGACUGUUUGUCCUGCAAUGAUCCAGCAUCAACUGAAGCUCUGCACUCUGCAACCCAGAGGUGGAAACCCUCCUCACUGUCCCAAAACUGCACAAAGAUGAGAACACCAGAACACACACACACACACACACACACAGUGGCUGCAUGACUGGCAGGACUCUUGUGAACCACACUGUUUACACAGAUGAUCUUGUGGUCUUUAGUCCUCGUAGCGCUGGUCUCCAGCAGCGCCUUCACGUAUGUUCUGCUUCUAGUGUGGAACAUGAUAUCAGACAUAUCCAAAUGUUUGACUUUUGUUUUUGUUUGUUUGUUUUUAUCCUGAAAUAAAGCGGGCACUUGUACGUACAGAAAGGUUUUUGAAAGAGAAAAUUAUGGGAUUUGUGAAGCUAAAUUUAAUAAAUGUUACGUGUGGUCA